CUCUGACCUUCUCCAUGCACUCCACACUCCUCGCAUCACGUGUCGUGCAGUAGUUUGCUUCGGGUGAAGUCGAAUUCCGAACAAGGGCUGGCAAGCUCGCGGCUUGGCCAGAAUAAGCCAUUGCGGUGGUCGAACACAGCCUACAGCAGUGUUCUAGGGACCUUGCGGCCUAACCUGGCUGCCCCUCUAAAAGAGCGGGACAAGGUGGUAUACCAAUCCUGGACAGAAUGGUCAACAUUGAAGAGAUGCGCGGUGGGGAGGAGGGACACACAAGUGGCGACUGGGAAUCAGAGCUGGGUUCGCAGCGAGAUGUGGCGUUGGCGAUGGCACGGCAACUCUCCCAGCAGCUGGACAGUCAACGGGAGACUUUGGAGGGAAGGGCGACGACGGCAGAGGCUUUGCGAGAUUUUUCCAGACAAAAAUGCAGCGAGUGUCUCGAGAGCCACACGAGACGAGAUCAAGCUGCUGAGGUACCAGCGAGAUUAGCCGGACUGGUUGGGGGGUCUCUGUCGGCGUGGCUUUUUUGCGUGGCGUUGGGGUUGACCUGGGCUCCGCGGGUUGCUCUGGCUUUGGGAAUACCUUGCACGCUGGUGAUGGCAGCAUUAUGCUCGAAGCGCAUGCCCUGGCCCAGCGUGAAGCGACGGAGCGAUUGAUAGUUGAGUAAGAGUCGGGAAGGAGCUGUAUCAACCACUGAUUAGGUUAGAUGUUGAAGGGUAUCGUGUUGUUUAGCACCCCCCCUCUCCCCUUUCUGUGGUUGUUUUGUGAAAUCUAGGUAAAUACCAGUUCUUGCAGUAGUGGUCACGGGUUUCGUGUCAACCUGCUGCUAUUUUGCGCCGUCGUAUGAAGCGAAACCAGCCCCCUCACCUGCCAAAGGGAGGCAGGAUACUGCGUCGAACAUUACCCUUCCGAAAACGGGUCAUCAACAUCAACGUAUCCUUCCUCAACAGGGGGGGUAGAGGCACUGUAGUUUUCCUUGCCGAGAGCCUUCUAUGAGAGGCUAGGUAUGGUCUAUGCACAACCCAUCAUCUUCCCUCUUGUUCGUUUGACGGUUGUUGUCGUAGGCUCGUUUCUUGUGGCCUUGGAUACGUGGCACUCAUGGUUCAAUCUUUGUA